UGGAAACUGGUCCCAAGGACGUCUAUCCCCAAGGGUAGACGCGUCAUGCGAGAUGAUCUACGGACAAGAUUACACCAAGACGAGCUCGCCGACAGCCAGAGCUGAGUCGUUACGGAUACUCUUUCACAUAGCGGCAGCCCUGGACUACGAACUCACCCAGAUCGACGUCAAGACCGCGUAUCUAUAUGGUAACAUUGAUGAAACCGUGUGGAUGGAACAACCCCCCGGACUCGCCGAACGUGG